AUGUCAUCUGUACCACUACUACCACCAAGCGCAGCCGCUGGCUCAUCCCAAGCAGUUCAGGCAGCCGCCUUUGCAGAUGAUCCACGGGUCUACUUUUCGAAAGAAAGCAACAAGUGGCAUUUCGAACAGGACGAUGGAACAGAAUUGGAAUACGAUGUGGCCAAAGGCUCCUGGGUGCCCAUGCUCGACGAAGACCUGGUGAAGCAGCAACAGGCCGCCUAUUCUGUCUCCGGUGUUGAUGAAGAGGCUAGUCGCACCCCCGCUGCACCAGUCCUUGCCCGUGAAAACAAGAAGCGGAAGGAACCCGACUACACUUCUACGACAUCGAAUGCCGAGAUUUCGAUUAAGCGGGGUAGACAUGACAAGAAGGACAAACCUACAGCCGCGCCCACGUCCAAGAAUACAGCCGUAUAUGUAACCGGACUGCCUCCCGACACAGAGUUUGAUGAGCUUGUGCAGUGUUUCUCCAAGUGCGGUGUCCUGGAAGAAGACGAUGAUGGGGAGCCCAAGGUCAAGAUGUACGCUCGGGAGGAUGGUACGUUCAGUGGUGACGCUUUGGUGGUGUACUUCAAGGAGGAUUCGGUCCUACUCGCACUGAGCAUCCUUGACGAGUAUGAACUGCGACUAGGCGACGCGUCCAGCGUUAUGCGGUUGUCCAAGGCUGAUUUCUCACACAAAAGCACCGGUGAAAGCAGUCAUACCGAGACGAAACCACGGAGGACGGUCGAUAGGAAGAAGGCUUCUCAGCGGAUAGGGAAAAUGCAAAAAAAGCUACAAGAAUGGGUUGACGAGGAUGGAUUCGGGCCCGCGAUCAAUCCUGAAGACGCAUCCCAUGCAAUCAACAAGAACAGCCGAGUGGUGGUCUUGAAACAUAUGUUCACAACAAAAGACCUGGAAGACGACGUUUCCCUACUUCUCGACUUAAAGGAGGAAGUUCGAGAGGAGUGCUCAUCGCUGGGUGAGGUAACGAAUGUUGUUCUCUAUGAUAAAGAGGAGGACGGCGUCAUUACGGUUAAAUUCCGUGAUCCACUUAGUGCCCAGGCUUGUGUGAUAAAAAUGAACGGAAGAUUUUUCGACGGAAGGCGGGUAGAGGCCUCUCUGUAUAAUGGCAAACAAAGAUUCCAACGCAAUGGAACAAACGAUGAACUCGUGGGCGACAACGCCGAAGCAGAGAAGAAACGACUGGACGACUUUGCCCAAUGGCUACUGACUGAAGGGGACUGAUGCUAACGAUCUACACCGUGUAUUGAGCUUAAAAUCCUUGUACAUUACUACAAUCAUUGUUAUCCGCCUGGAGAGUUAAUACAUGCCAUUCUAAAGUUAC